AUGACCAGAAAACGACGGCUCCAAGCGAUCAAAGAGUAUAAGGGAAAGGUGCAAUUGGUGCACGACCAGGUGGCCCAGGGAAGGCGCGCCCACUGGGAGUGGCCCAUCAAGUGCGAAGGAUGGGGCCAUGCCAUGAUUCGCCAGAUGAUCGAGGACUGCUCGAUGACCGCGGUGAAAGUGGCCGGGUGCCAGCUCGGGGUCAAGAAUGAGAAGGGAGGGCCCCUCUUGAAGGAAUGGCUCAUCGCUGCGACCUCACCGAAGAUAGCGGCUCGGAUGGCCACAGAAUGCCCAGGAGGUCAUCGGCAUGGUGAGCUCGUGGGCGGGGGCCUCACGGCCUCGACAAGCUACUGCGCGGGCGAGUUCGCCCGGGGGGCCGCGCGGGCCAUGAUCGAGGAGGCCGCGCCGGACUACCACGAGUUCUUGAGGAGCAUGUCCACGGAGAAUGAGACCAACGGGCACGCCUUCGCGGGGCGCCGGGGUUCGAACUCACCCGCUGAGGACCCUGGCUCCAAGGAGUGCCAGAAGAUCAUGCAGUGGCUCACGUCUGUGCACCGAGGGCCCGGUCACAGCUCCAAGGCGUCCAUGCUGAAUGCGCUGAAAAGGAAGGGGGUGAGCUCCAUGGUGCUGAGGGUGGCCCCGGACUUCCACUGCGAGGCGUGCGAGGAGGCGAACAACCACCGCCUGACGCACCCGCCCGUCAGUCUCGAGGCCGUACCCCCGAAGUGGAAGCAGAUCCAGGCGGACCAGUUCAAACGGGGGCACCCCCGGACGAAACUCAAGGCCAAGCUCUCGCUGAUCAUUGACGAGAACUGCAAGGUCCGGGUCACUCAGCUGUUAUACCACAUGGUGGGUCAGGAACGCCACAGGAAUCCCGUCUGGGCAGACCUCAAGAACUUCUACGAGGAAAGGUGGCUACCGUACUUCGGGAAGCCGCGGCGCGUGAAGGUGGACCCCGAGGGCUCCUGGAUCUCCGAGCAGGCCGCUCAGCAUUUUGACUCAGACUCCAUCGGGUGCGAGCCGAUCCCCGGCCAGGCUCACUGGCGCAUUUCUCUCGCGGAAGAGGCGAUCCAGGCAACCAAAGGGGCGAUGGGCAAGCUCGUGACUGAGAGCCCGGACAUGUCCACCGAAGAAGCCCUGGCCCGCGCCGCCGCAGCCGGGAACUCACGGGAAGACGUGCGAGGCCACUCCCCCCUGCAGCACGCUCUGGGAGGGGCCCCUGACCUGGACGGCCAUGUCUUCGAGAGCGACUUCGACGAGCUGCCCUGCGUCGAGGCUCAACGGGUCGACAAGGAGUACGGCGAGAACUACAUGAGGAUGUGCGCGGCCGAGCAGGAGUGCCUGAGGCAGGCGCACCUGCGUCGCCUGAGUCGCGCAGAGUAUGCCAAGAACCACGCGCUCAAGGCCGCGGCGCCUGGCAUGUGGGCGCGCUAUUUCCGCAAAGAGAAAGGCGAGGUCAAAUGCCGAUUCAAAGGGCUCGCGCGGGUGCUCGCGGCGGAGACGAGCCGGCCCGCGGACGGUGACCUUGGAGCAAACGCGACAUUGCAUCCAGGUCGUGCUGGACCUGUGGUCUGGUUGGUCCGGGCCGGGCGCAUUAUCAAGGUAGAUUUGUGCCAGAUCCGAGCUGCCUCCGCGCGGGAGAUCGCCUGCGCUGAGGUCAUGGCGGGCAAGGGCACGCCUUGGACCGUGAACACAUUCAUGAAUCAGGCGAUGCGGCAGGAGUACCUGGACUUUUCGGGGCACGACCCCGCGGAGCAGGACGAGGAACUCGCAUCCUGGGAUGGGGGAGUGGCCAGCAUCGCGAAGGCAGCCCGGGCUGCGCAGGCAGAAGAUGCCAUGAUGGAAAGGGCUGCCCUCAUGGCCAAGGCAUCCCCGGAUGCACGAUCCUUCUGGGCACGGCGGGGGGCAUCCCUGGAGAUCUCGGUCGAGCUGCCCCUGGCAGGAAAGCCCCUGAAGCAGGCUACGAGACACAUGCGCACCUACAUGGCAGGCCAACUGAAAAGAGGGAAGCGAGAGAUCUCGGAGCGGACCCUCGCCCCGGAGGAGGUGAGGAGGUUCGGCGUCGCCAAGGCCACCGAGGUGAACAACUGCGUGAUAUCCUCCGUGCUGGAGUCCUUGCCGCCCGGGGUCACACCGCCACCAGAGGAUGCAGUGCGCACGCGGUGGAUCCUGGAGUGGAAGAUGGAUGAGACUACGAGCGGGAAGAAACCCAAGGCCCGGAUCGCGGUGUUGGGCUACAUCGAUCCUGAGUGCGAGCACCGGCCGACGACCGCCCCAACCAUGACCAGGACCUCCCGGCACCUGGUGCUGCAGGCGAUGGCGUGGCUCGGGCUCAAGGGUUACAAGGCCGGCGUGACAGGAGCGUUUACCCAGAACCGGGAGAUCAAGCAUGACCUGUUCGUGAUACCCGUGAAGGAGCUGGCCGUCGCCCUGGGGAUGCCCGAAGGGGUUGCGAUGCGACUGCGGAAGGCAGUCUAUGGGCUCGUGGAGGCAGCCAUCGAGUGGUUCAUGACGGUGAGCGAGGCCCUGGAGGAGUUCGGCUGGGCGCAGAUGAGGAUGGACCCAUGCGUUUGGGUACUCUACGGCCAAUCCCACGGCCAGGACACCAGCUUCACGAAGGAGGCCCUGGGCCAAUUCACAGGGUCCGAGGUACUGGGCGAGCUGAUCGCGGCGAAGGGUAACCUGGACAUUGUGGCUACCGCAGGGUCCCGCGUGGAUGACUUCCUGCUCGGAGGGAAAGAGGCGGACCCCAGGUGGAUCGAAGCCCGGAAGAAAUUCGAAGAGCGAUUCAAGUGGAAGGCAUGGGAGACCGACGAGUUCAUGCAGACUUGA